CCUAACCUAUUAGAUUUGAUAUGCAAUGAAUAAAACUGAUUGUGACCUCUUGCGCCAAAACUCCUUUUUUAAAUCCAAAUUAUAAGUUUUUUCGGGCUUGCUGUUCAUUCCCGGCACUGAAGGGCCUCCAAAAACCCUAAUAUUGAAGAGCUUGAUUGUUUACUAUAGGGCAAAUUUUAUGUAUAUUUUUUCUGAAAUUUCGGCCUAUCACGUGAUAUAUCUGUAUUUUGAGCAAUUUCAAAAAUUUGGAUUUUGACCUAGCAUCAAGACCGAAAUGUGAACUGCAAUCUGUAUUUCUUUGAUUGAUUCAUUUAUGCUGUAUUUUUAGAGCAUUUUGCUCCAAUCUAUGUUGUUUUAUUUUUAUCUAUGGAUUCACUCUUUAUUGUGCUUGCCUUGAACUAUAGAUGGAUCAUAUGGCAAAGGGGACACAGAGCCAUCACCAAGAUAAUUCUCAGACCUAAUGCAUCUACUCUCUGAUGUUCCUUUUUCCAAUUGGAAUCACCUUUAUAAUGCCAUUGCAGCUUUAGUUUGGUGUAAAUAUUUUGCUCUUUUGGUCCAUGACUUUUGCUGUCUGCUACCAAUUUUAAUUCCUGAAUAAGCAUGGGAAGUAAUUCCACUCAGGAAGAAGGAGAAGGAAAGGAAGAAGGAGAAGAAGGAGCAUACCAAUUUAAUUUGCAGACGCAUGAGAAGUUGUUCCAUCAAGGAAGAAGGACAAGAAACUAAUUUUAAUUACAGAAGCAGCAUUCAAAGUUGUUCUAUCAAGGAAGAAGGAGAAGAGUUGAAACCGGGUGAAAGGAGAAGCAGCGAAGAAGGCAUGUGAUGGCCCCUUCAAAGUAUUACUUCUUCUAUGGCCGCCGAAAGCCCUCUCAGAGCCGCCCCAUUGUUGAAGGGGGUCUCUUCACAAAUCGCAAAACCAGAGGAACCGUUCUCCCUCCUCUCUACAAACCCAACAACAAACCCCCCACCAAAACCUUCAAUCCUGACCUCUGGAAUCCAGAUUGCAUUACACCAAAGAUGCAAACAAAGACCCAUUCAUCUUCUGAGCCCUCCUCUCUCUCGUCCGCCAGUCGCAAACUCUCCCCAAUCGCACGCUACGUAUGUGAUACUAUCCGUCGCCACGGAACAUGGGGACCCCAAGUCCUUUCUGACCUCAACAAGCUUCAUAGGGUACCCCCUUCCACUGUAACAGAAAUCCUCAAAUCUUCUCUCCUCAACCCCUCCCUCUCCUCCCGGUUUUUCAACUGGGCUACUAACCAAAAGGGCUUUCGCCACAAUUUCUCUUGCUACAAUGCCCUUGCGUGCUGUCUUCAUCGUGCCAACCGUCACAGAGCAGCUGAUCAAGUCCCGGACCUUAUGAGGGCUCAUAACAAAGAGCCCACCUCAAAACAGUUUGAGCUCCUCAUUAGGCUUCAUGCUGAAUCUGGAAGGGGCCUUCGGGUUCACUAUGUCUAUCAAAAGAUGAGAGAAUUUGGGUGCAAGCCCAGUGUUUUUGUCAUCAACAGGGUCAUGGAUGCAUUGAUUAGGACUGAGCAUAUUGACUUGGCCAUGGCUGUGUUUGAGGACAUUGACAGAGAUGGAUUGGUCCCUGAGGGAAUCAGUUUCAUGAUACUUGUCAAGGGGCUGUGUAGGGAAGGCAGGUUGGAUGAGGCAUUCACACUAUUGGGGCAGAUGAGAGAGAAAGCAUGUAAGCCUGAUGUAUUUGCUUAUACUGCGAUGCUAAAGGCUCUUGUUUCGUCGGAAAAUUUCAAUGGAUGUUGGAAAGUUUGGGAGGAGAUGGAGAGAGAUGGCGUUCAUCCAGAUGCUAUGUGUUGCACGACAUUGGUUGGUGGUCUUUGCAAGGCAGGGGAGAUUGAGAAGGCAUAUGGGGUUUUUAAAGAGAUGAAGGCCGAUGUCUUUUUGAUCGAUAGGUCAGUGUACGGUUCGUUGAUCUCUUCGUUUGUGGCCAUGGGCAAGGUGGCUUUUGCAUGUGGGUUGUUGAAGGAGAUGAAUGAUAGUGGGUAUCGAGCUGAUCUUUCUAUAUACAAUUCUCUGAUAGAGGGGCUUUGUGAUGCGAAUGAGAAUGGAGUGAACAAGGCUUACAAGCUCUUCCAGAUAGCCAUUAGAGAGGGCCUUGUGCCGAGCUUCUUGACCACGAAUCCAUUGCUUCUUGCUUAUGCAGAUGCAAAUAGAUUGGAUGAUAUGUUCAUGUUGAUUGAACAGAUGUCGCGGCUGGGGCCACAGCCUGUCGAGGACAACCUCUUCAAGUUUUUUUCCUUCAUGGUUGGCAAAGGGGAGAAGCAGAGAGUAUUAAAAUCAUUGGAAGUCUUCAAGGCCCUCAAGGAGAGAGGGUAUUGCAGUGUCUCAAUCUACAAUAUCCUAAUCAGCGGGCUUCACAAAGUCAGGGAGGUAAAGAGUGCGCUUUCUCUCUUUGAAGAAAUGGAGAAGGGCUCAGGUGAGGCUUUUAAACCUGAUGCUUUUACUUAUAGUAAUGUGAUCCCAUGCUUUAUUGAUGAGGGUGAACUCAAAGAGGCAUGCUCAUUGUAUAACAAGUUGAAGGAGAUGUCUUGGACUCCUAGUGUGCCCGCAUAUUGUUCCCUUGUUAAAGGGCUCUGCAGAGAUGGGGAGAUCGAUGCGGCUAUUCUACUUGUUCGGGAUUGUUUGGGCCAUGUCACAAGCGGGCCUUUGGUGUUCAAGUACACUCUCAACAUUCUCCAUGCUUGUAAGUCAGGUAAAGCUGAUAAAGUCAUUGAGGUUUUGAAUGAGAUGAUGCAACAGGGCUGCCCUCCUGAGGAUGUGAUAUAUUGUGCCAUUAUUGGUGGCAUGUGUCGGCAUGGGAAUGUAGAGGAAGCACGAAAGGUCUUUGCAGCCAUGCGGCAGCGUAAUCUGCUAUCAGAGGCUAAUUUAGCCUUGUAUGAUAAAUUGCUCAUUGAACAUUUGACAAAAACCACCUCGAAUUUGGUGCAUUGUGGGUUGAAGUUUUUUGGUCUGGAAUCCAAGAUAAAGUGGAGCCAAAGUUGAUUUUUGCACCUUGGCGUAUAUCCCAUCCAUUUUGGAAAUGUAACCUUGUCAUGUAAAUUAUGCAUAAAAAAAUGAGUUGUUCCUUUUUAAUUUGGCUGAGUAACGUAAUUGUAAGUUUGGAAUCCUGAAAAUUCUUAAUCAUUGUUUGAUGAUGACAUGUACCGUCUAAAUUUGUUUGAAGUGUUUAAUUUC